AUGACCGAUGCCACUCAGCCCCCUACCUACACAGCCUUCCACCCUUCUCACCCUCCUCGGCCCACCGCCUCAACUGCACAAGAUCGACCUUCGUCCCCCUUCUUCUUCUUCUCCUUCUUCGUCGUGGGCGCGCCACGCGAGACAGCACCGGUCACAGGCUUCUUCUUCGCGGCGGAACUUGGCUUGGAGGCGCUGAAGGCGCCCAGUUUUGCAGUUGCAGCGGUAUUCGUGCUGGGGGAGGAGCGUGCAAAAGGAAGAGGGCGAGGGGAUUGA